AUGGACCCCGACGCCGGCGACCAAGCGGAGCAGGCCGGUGCUGCCGGUCAAGGCUCGGAGCCGCUGGCUUGCGUCACCUGCCGGUCCCGGAAGCUCAAGUCUCAAGUGGAAGAUCUCCUCAAGGAGGCCGGCAAGGCCAACGGCGGUGCACCCACGGCUGGAGAUCUAGACAGCCGAAUCAGUGUCGGUAUGGAAGACUUCACCAUCAACAUGGACACGUUCAUGGCGAUGCAGAAUGGUGAAGCACAAGACCCGCCGUCCGCAUCGUCAGGGUUUACAAACGACUUUCACUCUCAACCUCAGGGGCCAACCUUUGGCGCAUCAUCUGGGGAGCUGAUCGGACUCGGAUUAUCGGAAACUUUACCUCCCUUCGAGAUGAUGGAAGAUCUUAACAAAUGCUUUUUCGAACGACAGGCGCAUUUCAUUCCCGUCAUUCAUCCGGGCCGCUUCCUCCAGUCUUUCUACUCAGCACCUCAUAAGCGGCCGCCAAUGUGCCUGCAAUACGCCGUCUGGGCCAUGGCAUCGAACGGGCAUGAGAAGUAUUCUCAGUACCAUGAGAUUUUCUACAAGCGGGCUCGGCAGUACGCCGACGCGGAUGAGAUGAGGGGCUACGGCGAGCACUUUUUGACGGUUCAGCAUGCACAAGCAUGGGCGCUGAUUGCCACGGACGAGGCGAGAUGCAUGUUCUUUACAAGGGCUGCGAUGAGCUCAGCCAAGUGCGUACGUCUUGUAGAGAUGAUGGGUCUGCAUCGCAUCGAUGGGGAUGGGAAAGAGAUGGCACCGACGCUUGCACCACCCACGUCAUGGGUUGACUUGGAAGAAAGGCGUAGGACCUUCUGGGGAGCGUACUGCAUCGACUGCCAUGCUAGUAUCUCGACAGGAUGGCCAACCUUGAUUGACCCUAAUGAGAUCACUACUCAUCUUCCAUCUUCCGAGGAAGCAUACAACUCAGGCCACGAAGAGAAGACAUCUACUAUCCAGGAGGCCUUCAAGGGGGCGACCUACUCGACAUUUGCAGGAGCCGUCAUAAUCUGCUACGUAUUUAACAUGCUCCUUAAGCAUGUCCACUGGGAAAGGCCAAACGACCGACCGGGGGACGUGGAAUACGGCGAAUUCUGGAAGAGGCACAGGGAUAUUGACAACCUCCUGUCCAGUGCUUUCAUGUUCUUGCCUGAGCGCUUCCGUCUGCCUCAGAGCAUGAAGGAUCCGACGGCUGUCCACACCAACCUGAACCUGCACGCGUCUAUCAUAUGUCUGCACCACGCGGCGAUCGACAGAAUCGAAGAAAAUAAACUGCCGGAUCAGUUGAAGGCGGCCUCGCAGCUUCGAUUAAGGACUGCGGCGGAAGAAGUCGUUAACAUCGUCAAGCUGACGAGCCACACGAACUCUGGAUACAAAAGUCCAUUGGUAGCUUUAUCAUUGUACUCGGCGGCAUCUGUGUAUGUCUACAACGCCAAAAUCGACCCUCAAAAUGGCAUGUCCACGGCGGACUUGCAGAACCUUAGAUUCAUUGUCCAGGCGAUGGAGGGAAUCGGACGCAAGCACAUGAUCACGCAGGCGUUCCUUCAGCAAGUCUUUAUGGACAUUCAGCGAAACGGACUCUCGGGCAUCAUCGACGUGCCCAGUCUGAACAACUACCAGAACACCUUCGGCUGGACGUGUUCGAACAUUCCUCUCUUGGCUCGAAGCUCGAUAUCCAAGCAUACAGAAGUCCAGCCCCCUCUACCCGGAAGAUUACCGCUCGGCAACCCCAAGGGCACCGCCUACGAGAACUACCCGAGGAUGAACCAAAGAUGGCACGGUGCGAUGGCUGGUCCUCAAUCGGGGUGUCCUGCAUCCGCGGGUAUCUCUCAACCAAACUUCUCGCCGUAUCCACCAGACGUUCCACAAGAGGAGCCCGUUUCUAACAAGAGGAGGCGGACAUCUAUGUCAACGAGUAAUGAGGCGAAUCAGGCCAAGGGAGGUCCAUUUUAUGGCUCACUUCCUGUGAACAACGCGAUGAAGAACGCAUCAGCCCCAUCGAGCAAUGGGCCCGCCAACGACGGUGUCGGGGGUUUCGCAGUAGGCUUUCUACCGAAUUCAGGAGCGAUGCCCAAGACCGGGUCGCUGCCGAAUGUCACUUUGCCGCACAGGACAAACUCGACGUCGCCGUCCCCGCCAUCUCUUAUCUACAUGAAUAAAAGCACACCGUCACAAUCGAUCGGGAGUAGUAACACCACACCGCCGGGAUACGGACCGGGCAGCACGACCCCGGACGACGGGGUCCAGGGCACUCAAAACAACGGGAAUGUCAAUGGCACCGGCACCGGUACCAGUCACGGUGGAAACGGCCAGGUAAACGAGAUUAUCGACAUCACGAGCAUCCAGGCGCAUAUGGCGGGCGUCUCGUCGACGUGGGAUUCGAGGGGUCUGCAAUACGCGCCGAGCGCCGACCCGGUCUCGUUUAUCGACUUUGACUCGGUCGGCGGCAUCGAUCCGUGGAGCAUGCUCAGCAGCCUGAGCGACAUGACAUGGACAAAUCCGGGCGGGGAAGAGGCGACGGUGACGGGGGCAGAUUUGGUGGGAUCAGGGGCAAAAGAUAAACUCGAACAGCUCGAAAAGGAGGUCCAGACCAUCAAAAAUGCCGUCAACCCAAGUCCCGUCUCCACCGCCGGCGUCCUCCCGCCCGCCGCACUCCCGCUACCGAGCCCUGGCACCGCGUACCCGGCCAGCGCUUUCGCGGAACGCCCGCCGCCCUCGGCGGGAAGGGUGAGUCUGCCGGCGUUGUCGCCCGUUCACUCGAGACCGGCCGAGCAGGUCCCCACCCCGACCUUGACUUCACAUACGACCCCGACCGGACCGGCGAGGCAUCCGGCGCAGCCGAGGGCGCUCGGCUCCAAGGUUUUGUCCAGCGAGGACAUCGAUUUCUAUUUCGAUCACUACUUCGAACACUUCCACCCCUACUUCCCCAUCGUCCGGUCCCAGGACCCGGACAAGCUGUACAAGCUGAGCCCGAUCCUCUUCUGGACCAUCAUCGCCGUCUCGUCGCGGCGCUACGCCAAGACGGACCCGGGCCUGUUCCAGUUCCUGGUCGAGAACCUCCCCCGCGAGGUCUGGAGCGCCGUCUCGAACCCGCCCAUCAGCAUCUCCACCAUCGACGCCCUGCUGGUCCUCUGCACCUGGCCGCUCCCCACCAUCCGUUUCCUCAACGACCCCUCGUCCUCGUACGUCGCCAUCGCCCAGAACGCCGCCCUGCUGCUGGGCCUGCACACGGGGCGCGGCACCCACCCCGAGUUCUGCAUCGGCCCGAACCGCCAGACGGAUAUCACUGACGAGGAGGCCUGUUUCACCUGGAUGGGGUAUAACAUCCAGGCUCAGAGGGUGGCGUCGAGUAAUGGGUUUCCACCUCCCGCAGGGUUCUUCAAUGAGGCCGUGAACAGGACUGCAGGGGGCCGGUCUCUACCUGAUUCAUUGGGGUACUUUGGGUUACUGUACGAGAUGCAGAAGUUCUCGAACCGUUUGAACAGGACCAUGUUCUCGGUCGCCGAGGAGGGCGAGGGCGUGUCGGAUUCGGUCAUACAGCUAUUGGAGGACGAGCUGAACAAGCUGCGACAGCUGCAAUCACGGCACAACACAGACCUCGACCUCUUCACCAUCCUAGCCGUCCAGUUCGAGCUGCAGUCGUACUACUUCAUCCCGCUCUCCUCCGCCGACAAGUCCGUCUUCCGGCACAACGUCAACCGCGCCUACAGCACGGCGCAGGCCCUCAUCAACCUGGGCCUGCGCCUCGAGGACGCGCACCGCUUCCUGCACCACGCGCCGCAGCACGUCUUCCGCACGAUCCUGGACGCGACGACGGUCAUCUUCGACGUGCUCCAGUCGGGCCACGCCACGGACCUCGAGCUCGCCAACGCCGACGUCUCGAUCCGCAACUCGCAGGAGGCGCUGCGGCGGUGCUCCGUCCAGGAGGGCGACUUCGCGAUGAGGGUGCUGAGGAUGACGGAGUCGUACUGGAGUCUGCGGCACAUCAUGGCGCCGCUGGAGGCGCCUAUCUCGCGGUAUCCGCACCGGACGGGCGCCGUGCUGGCGUUCGGGACGUUGAGGAGGUGGAAGAAGGAGCUUGACCGGGCGAGGAUGGGGCAGGGACAGGGAGGCGGAGGGGGGAUUGGUGGUGCGGGUGCGGCGGCGGCGGCGCCGGUGAUGGCGGGCGUUGGCGGUGAAGGCGGUACGCCGGCGGGGACGGACGCGAAUAACACGAACGCCGGCGCGGUGUUGCCGACGAGCGACCUGUUGCAGGAUAUCGACUGGUCGAUGCUUAUGGACGACUUUGACUGGACUGCGGGAGGGGCGGGGGAGCCCAACUUUCUGGGGCUUUCGUAG